UUCAAUAAACCCACAAAAUUGUUAACAAUAAAUUCUCUUCAAAUCUUGAAGAAUAGAUACAUGCGGAUACUUUUUAUACUGUAAUAAUUAAUAUAAAUCAACAAUAAUAAAAAUUAAAAAUCAAAAGAAAUGGAAGAAACAGGAAGGUGUAAAAGAACAGAUGGGAAAAAAUGGAGAUGUAAACAGCCAGUCGUUGAUGGAAAAUCUUAUUGUGAAUCACAUAUUCAUCGCCAAAAAAAACAAAAGAUUGAAGCAGCAGCAGCAGCAGCAGCCUUAAAAUCAAAAAACAAAAAGAACAAAGAUGUUGGUGGUUGUGUUGUUAAGGAUCUUAAAUUUGGUACAAUGGAGAUUGAGCAACAAUCUGCUGAUGUGAAGAAAAACAUAAAUUCACCUGGUUUUAAAGUUGGGGUUCAUUCUUCUAAAACUUUGGUUGUUCCCGAAAGGCCGAUUCGGUCCAAGAAUGUUGAGCCUAAACUCAAUGCUGCUAUUAAGAUGUUACCAAGUAUAAAAGAGAAUGUAAAAGCAUCCGCAAAGAUCACCAAGAAGUGCCAUUGGUGUAGUAUUAGUAGCUUUCCUGUUCUUGUCAAGUGUUUAACUUGCAAAAAGCAUUACUUUUGUCAAGAAUGUAUAGAGAGAAGGUUUCAUUCUAAGGUGGCAAUCAUGAGAAAAUGUCCUGUGUGCCAAGGGGAUUGCUCUUGCCGAACUUGUACAAAAGGAAAACAGAAAGGAGACAAAUCACAGGAUAUUGUUGUAUAUGAUCCUAAAAAGAAAUUUGACAAAAGCCAACAACUUCACAUGAUCCGGGAGCUUCUUCCGGUGAUGGAGAAGAUGAAUCUAGAGAAGAUGGUCGAGCUUGAUAUUGAAGUUAAAGACAAAGGAGUUAGUCAUGACGAACUACAGGUUCCGGUUGCAACAUACCCGCAGCCGAAAGAAUGCAGUUUUUGCAAAGCUUGCAUUCCAGAUGUUCACAGAAGCUGUGACCAAUGCUCAUAUAUUCUCUGCAUACAUUGUUGUCAAGAGUUUCGUGAUGGAUACUUGCGUUCGGGUCUUGAGUAUUUUAAAAACAUGAAAAUGGUUAGAAGCAGAAAAUCUAGAAAAAUAUCGUGGAGAGUUUAUGUAAAUGGUAGCAUAACAUGCCCACCAAAGAACUUAGGUGGUUGUGGGGCAGGCAUCCUGAAUCUAACUUGUUUUUCUCAAUUUCAUUUCACUAAUGAUCUUGAAGCAAGUGGAAAGGAAAUAGUUGAUAAGUAUAAGCGUAAGAAACCUUUCAGGUUAUCUGAAUCUUCCCCUUGCUUGUUAUGUGACGGACAUGGUGAUUUGGGUAGUGAAAAAUCAGGGGACUUGAUUAAAAAUGAUGUUCUUUAUUUUUUAACCAAGAAAGAAUUUAUGGGAAAGAAUCUUGAACAUUUCAUGAAGCACUGGGGAAGUGGUCAACCCAUAAUUAUCCGUGAAAUGCUUCAAAGUCAACCUGAUUUGAAUUGGGAGUUUGGUUGCUUGCUGUGUGAGUACCUCAAAAAGAGUGCUGAAUCCCGGUACAAUACCGAACCAGGAACAUCAAAAAGCGCUUUGGAUUGGUGUGAGGUUCAGUUUAGUAGAAAGCAGAUUUUUUCCGGGGGUAUAACACAUGAAAAUGUGUGGAAAGAGUUUUUACAUUACAAACUUCGGUUCUCUUUGGGAUUUUUGCAAGAUCACUUUCCGAACAACCACACUUCUGUCAUGCAAGGGCUGCCUGUUCAAGAAUACAUGAAUCCGUUGACUGGUUAUCUCAAUCUUGAAGCAUAUCCACCUCAUCAAAGUCAUAACCUGAACUUGGGUUCUUACAUUGACAUCUCAUAUGGUGGAGCGGAAAACCUACUGGCAACAGAUAUGUUGAAGAAAUUAUUGUAUCAUGCUUACGAUGUGGUUAAUAUUCUGGCUCAUGCUAGCCAACAUCCUAUACCUGAGAGAAAGCUCAAUGAAGUCAAGAUCUUGAUGCAUAAAUACAAUUCACAAGAUCAUAUGAAGUCUUCAAAGAUUAAAAAUCGUAACAAUAUUGAGGAACUCUUUAUUAAUUCAUCUAGGGCGAUAGAUACAUGUAAUGGUGAAGUCGAUUUGACUUUAAGGUUGGAGACUGCAGAUAAUGGUGAAGUGGGUUUGCUAUCUGACGAUUCAAGCAUUGAAGAUUCUGAUGAUGAAGAUUUAUCUAGGGUUAAUGAUACUAGUGGGAUUCACUGGGAUAUUUUCCGUAGAGAAGACGUUCCAAAACUUGUAGAGUAUCUUACAAAGUAUUCUGAUAAGCUUAUUAGACAUUAUGGCUCUCCCAAAAAGGUUGUUCAUCCACUAUUUGAUGAAGUUUUCUACCUAAAUGAUGAUCAUAAAACGAGACUCAAGGAGGAAUUCGAUGUGAAGCCUUGGAGCUUUGAGCAAGAUGUUGGCGAAGCUGUUAUCGUUCCUGCUGGCUGUCCUUACCAGACCAAGAAAAUUAAGUCAUGUGUUAAUGUGGUUUUGGAAUUCAUCUCACCGGAAAGUGCAUCUGAGUGUGUUAAAGUGACUGAUGAACUUCGUUUACUUCCGCUAAACCACAAAGCCAAAGGGAGAAUGCUGCAGGUUAAGGAAAUGGUGAUUAAUCGAAUGCACGAAGCAAUCAAAGAUAUCCGUGAGGUUUCACAAGUAGAGUAAUUUGCAUUGGCUUGAAGAUUGGCUUUUGUAAAUUUAGUGGUAGGCUUAGGCAGAUUAGAUAUACUAGGCUGCAAGUGAUUCAUGAUGUAGUGAGGUGCUAGUUGUGCUAUAAAAACUAAAAAAAUUAGUGAAUAGUUUUUUUCCCCCUUAAAUAUCUUAAUUGGUGGGUCGGUGUAAUGUUUUCUU